AUGAUUAUUGAGCAAGUUGAUGCCCUUAAAGUGUGGCUGACUAAUAAACUAUCUCCAAUAUGCGAUGCUGAACCCAGUGCUCUUGCCAAGUAUGUUUGUGCCUUGGUGAAAAAGGACAAGCAUGAGCAGGACCUGCGGGAUAUUUGUGUUGAUCAGCUGGAUGUGUUUCUUCAACAAAAUACGAAACCAUUUGUCGAUGAGCUGUUUGAGGUCCUCAAAACCAAGAUCUACAUCCCUCCUGUCACUGAGACCAAGCCACGUCCUCCGCCACCGAUAGCUGUAGUCAAAGCCGACAGUAAAAGCCCCUCUCAUCAGGCUGGCAAGGAGAAGGAUGAUGGGCAGAAGAAGAAAGUGUCUGAGAUUUCUUCUACAACCGAUGACAAGGAGAACAAAGAUACAUCGGUGACAGCUCCUGAAAUCUCAACAACAGUUACAUUAUCCAACGUUAAAGAACCUACAGGAGAAUCUAGAACCAUAAAAGACCCUCCCAGGGAAGUGAGAGAACCCCGAGCAACUUCCCGCGAUGCCAGGGAUAAAGAGCGGGAUGAGGAAUUAUCCCGGGAUCGUAGAGACUCUUGGAAGGAUGACAGAAGCAGAGAAGGAAUAAGGGAUUCCAGAGACAGGUUUAGGGAUUCACGGGAUGGGAUUCGUGAUGCAAGAGAUAUAGUUAGGGAUGGAAGAGAUGGGAUUAGGGAUACACGAGAAGGAUUUAGAGAUGCAAGGGAUGGAAUUAAGGAUUCAAGAGAUGGUCUUCGAGAUUCACGAGAUGGAGUGAAGGAUGCAAAGGAGGAGAUUAGAGAUGCUAGAGAUAUUAUUAAGGAUUCAAAAGAUGGGAUUAGGGAUUCAAGAGAAGGGAUAAGAGACUCAAAAGAUGGAACCAAGGAUUCAAGAGAAGGCAUUAGGGACUUAAGAGAUGGCAAUAGGGAUUUAAGAGAUGGCAAUAGGGACACAAAAGAUGGGAUUAGGGAUUCUAGAGAUAGUGUAAAGGACACCCGAGACGGGAUUAGAGAGACAAAAGAUGGUAUUAGGGAUGCAAGAGAUAUUAUCAGAGAUAGAGAAAGGGAUAAAUUAGACUUAAAGCAGGACACUAGAGAAGUAAGGGAGCCUAGAGAUCGCGACUUUAGAGAUAGAGACCGAGAUCGGGACUUCAGGCGCAGGAGAUCUCGCAGCCGCAGUUACAGCCCUCGGCGUCGAGAUUUUGAUGCUGACAGACGCAGAAGAUUUGAGGAGCGCCCACGAUACUCGCCUGACCGGAGGUGGGGCCGUCGGAGGAGCUACUCCCGCAGCCCCCGCAGAAAUCGCUCUCCCCUGGAUCGAAACAUUGGCAGGGCUCGAUCCAGGAGUCCCCGGGUCAGGUCUAGAAGUCCAAGAUACAGGCCAUUUAAAUCCAGAACAAGGUCCCGCUCCCGCUCUCCGAGGCAUAGGUCGUGGAGCAGGCCGGGUAGUGGGAUACGGACCAGAACCAAGUCUCCUUCAAAUACCCGCCAACCAGACAGCAGAGGUUCCACCCCGUUGCAGGACAACGAUUUCAUCUCAUCCUCAACCAAUGACCUGCCCACUGUUACCAGCAUUGUGGGUUACCGGCCUUUAGGGGAAGACAGGGUAGAUGGUCGUUUGCCACCAGUCCACUUUGAUGGGCCGCCACCAGCUAUUGUGCACGGCGGCAGAGUGCACUGUCAGAACUUUGAAGAGAAGGGCUUCUGCAUGCUUGGUGACGUCUGUCCGUAUGAUCAUGGCUCCGACCCAGUUGUUCUGGAGGACAUGUCCAUACCCAGUGUUCUGCCUGGGGCUCCAAACACUGGAGGCUUUGUGCCCCCUGACAUGCGGGUACCUCCGCCUGGUCACCCUGCUGUGCGUAUGAACUUGCAGCGACCUCCGCCGCUACAUGUGGAACCUUACUUGCCAGAAGCUCCUGGACUGAACAAACUUCCAUACUUGAGGCUGCCUCCUCCAGACUUGCGCCAACCACCUCCAGGAUUGCUACACAACAGACCCCCUCCUCAGGCAGACCAUUUCUAUAUGUCCAGGAGAGAGGUGGUCAUUAAUCACCCACCCCCACUUUUAGACGAUGGAGGUGACCUCAUCGAACUUGCUACCACCGCCCCCGACAAGGAACCCUCCCGCAUUGUCAUCCCAGCAAAAAGACCCUACAGUGCCAUCAGCAGCGAUCCAAACGCUGUCAACAUCGGGCCACCCCCUCCGAGGAUGGCCCUUGUUAACCAGACCUCUCUUAUGUUUGAAAAUGCUCCGCUUUUACAGCCGCCCUUUCCCAACACGGAUCCAGCCUCCACCCAGGCACUUCCAAUGCCCAGACCACAGUUCAGACCAUCGGGUAGUCUUACCUUGGAGGUGUGGAAGAUACCACAUGAGUAUAACAACAUAGCAAAACUCAACGAGCAUUUUGGGAAAUUUGGGAACCUUACCAAUAUCCAGGUCAAAUUUCAAGGAGACCCUGGGGCUGCCCUCAUCACCUACUCCAACAGUUCCGAGGCUAAUGCUGCCUACAGGAGUCCCGAGCCUGUGUUCAACAAUAGGUUCAUCAAGCUGUUCUGGCACAAUGCUGAAAAACAAAUCAACUUGGAUGGUGAGACUGACAGUCCUGUAGUUGUGACUGUAGGGGAGGAUGGGCGGAAUGUUCAGAUACAGCAGACGACUGUUACAGGUGGCAGAGUUGGUGAUGGGAUUGACCAUCCCCCACUAAUGCUGCCCGUUCGCCCAAGCAUCCCUCCAGCCCAUAAGCUUCAGCUGGACAAUACAAAAGCCAAGCCCAACAGCAGCACACCCCUGGCACGUCAGAUGCGGCUACAACCAACCCUAUCUAUCGUCUACACAUCCUCCAUUGGAAACCUGAAAAAGACAGUGUUCAACCCAUCAGCAACAACAAAUACAAUGGCCAAAAGCAAAAGCACAACUCCUAUUGUCAGUCCCACGGCUAUGAAAACGGCUGACCAUGUGUCCAGAAUGGAAGCUAUCAGCAGAAUCGAGGAGGAGAGAAAAUUAGCAGCAAUCAAACAGGCAGAGUUGGAGCAGAAGAGGCAGGAGCUUUUGGCCAAACAGAUUCAGCAGCAAAAGAUACUCCUAGACACUCUUGAGAAGAAGAAAGCCACAAUGAGUGAAGAAGAAAAGAAAGACUUAUGGAAGGCAUUGAGAACCAUAUCUGAUGCCAUAGACAAAGUGAAGUACAGCACAGGUGCCAAGAGGCCUCAGCCAACAACAUUCCAACCCCCGGCACCUGACCAGUUCAAAUAUGUCAGCAGCCAUGAGCAG